GCCAUAUCAACAGUAGAUCAAGUAAACUUUGUACUACUGCAGGACGAUGCAUACAAUUUUCCUUUGGUCCAAGAACCACACAUGGUGUUUCAAGUUCAGACAUGUGGCACUGCCAGGCUGGCGUUGAAGGAAGACGACGAGGAUGACGGUCCACUAUGGGAGAUAUCGUUUGAAUCCGGGAGUACAGAUCUAGAGGUUCAAAUAAGACGGAGUGUAGGUAGAGGUAUCAGAUCAAGAGGAAACAUACCUGUAACAGACUGUUCGGCUUCGCUGACGAUUUUGGUGAGUUGGCGGAAUAACUUUAUACAGGUAUUGCAUCAGGAACAAGGUCGUUGGCUCUCCGUCAUCAAUUGGUUUGAUGACCUUGGCAGAGAUGUGUCCUAUGUCGGAGUGUCUGGUGAUGCCUCAUGGGAAUUCUAUGAUGACCAUGAGAUAGGCAUAGAUCUUGAGCCAGGAGACACAACCUCAGAAACAAUGGCUGGACUGAAUGACAUUGAACCUAACCUGACGGAGCUGGAGAUCGAGGAGAGGAGGGCAAAUCUAGCCCUUUACGCACUGAAAUAUCUAAUCGAGAAUGGCCCUAUUAAGACUGUCGAUGGAUUGAAGGGGAUCCCUGGAUUUUCGGAAGCUUUUGAACAAGCUCAAAUCGAUGCUGAUAGAAAUGCUUGUAAUGAAGAGAGAAUUAGAUGCAUUGACUUUAGGAACUCGCCCUUCAGGACUAUUGACGGAACAUGUAACAAUCUUAUAAAUCCAGCAUUGGGCUCCCCGGGUACUUCUCAACGCAGACUUGUUGGAGCCAUGUACGCCGAUGGAGUCAGUGCGUUCAAAGAAAACGGGGAAAAUGAUCAGAAACUUCCGACUGCAAGAGAAGUAUCUGCUUUCGGAAUGAGUGACGGUAGUGGCGAAGAACCAGCGGAUGAUCCUAACAGGACAAUUAUGAUGGCAGUCAUGGGCCAGUUUUAUGAUCACGACAUCACCGAGACACCCAUGGUUAAAGGUCAUAAAGAGGCGACCAUUGGAUGUUGCUCUAUCACAGACGCACUCGUUCGUAAUAAAAGGAUGCAGUGUAAAAUCAUUGAGAUCGACCCUUUGACCGACCCUGCCUUCAGUCACACGUGUAUGGCCUUUAGGAGAUCCAUACCAACCAGAACUACUAGAGGAGGAAGUUUAUGCGAGCCAAACGUGCGGGAACAAGUGAAUGAUAUCACCAGUUAUGUCGACGGCUCGAUGGUAUAUGGAUCUACUGAGGAAGUUGCCCAUCAGCUACGUACAUUUGAAGAUGGUAAACUACUAGUAGCAGACAAUGAUCUACUUCCUGAGAAUGACCCUUCGGGAUGUAUAUUGAAUGACCCGGAUAACACUCAUUGUUUUCUCGCAGGAGAUAUCAGAUCGAAUGAGAAUCCAAAUCUCAUGGUAAUCCAUACCGCGUUUGUUCGUUACCACAAUUUACUUUGUGACAAGCUUAUCGAAAAGGGUGUUACAGGCGAUGAUCUGAUCUACAACAUUGCGAGGAAAAUCAUUGGCGGUAUAUUACAAAACAUCCUGUAUGGACAUUGGCUACCUCAUGUCAUAGGCGACACUAUGAUGAACCAAACAGGACUGGCAGUCGGGUCUCCAUUUACAUACGAUGAAACACUUGACCCAAGCAUAAUCCUUGAAUUUAGUACGGCAGCCUUCAGAUACGGUCAUACGCUGGUCCAGGGAGUUAUCAAAAGAAUGGGGAGCUGUUUCACGAGCAGAUCAGAAACAGAUCUGAAAGAUACUUUUUUCAAUCCAGAACUGGUUUUCUCUAGUGUAGAUGACAUCGCGAGGUCUUUCCACACCACUCAUUGUAGUGCAGUUGACUCAGAACUCCCUGAUGACUUGAAAGAUCAUCUUUUCGAAACCGAAACCGCAUUGCCUAGUGAUCUCAGUGCUUUAAACAUACAGCGGGGCCGAGACCAUGGCCUACCUGGCUAUACUGCCUACCGUGUAUGGGCAAGGUUGUCGGAACCAGCUGACUUCAGCGGGCUUACUGAUCACACAACUCAUUUUCAACAGCAACUUCAGGCAGUGUAUAGCAAUGUGAAAGACAUAGAUUUGUUUGCCGGCGGCAUGACCGAGACUGUCGACCCCGUCACCCAUCUCGGACCUACCUUUACGGCAAUCAUAGCAGAACAGUUUCGACGAUUGAAGUUUGGGGACCGGCAUUUUUUUGAAAACACGGAUGUUACAGGAUUUACUUUAGAACAAAUCGAGGCCAUCAAGGAGGUGACCCUUGGCAAGAUUAUGUGUCAAGUGUUUCAAUUCAUUUCCAUUCAAAACGACGUCUUCGCUUUUCCGGGGAUUGAAGACUUAAAGUCUUGUGAUGACUAUCCAGAGCUCGACAUCGAUCUAUUCAUCAAUAUUGGUGAAUAAAAAAUGAUGGAAUUGGACAACCUUCAAUACGAACAAAACCUUAGAUAUUGAUAAUUAACACUAUUUAGUCAUGUAUGCUCUUAGAACAUGUUUCAUUGUAAAGACAGCUAAAUGAAGACUAAAAAACGGACGAAUGGAGAAAUGAAGUGUAUACACGAAAUGGUAAUUGAUUGUUUUCGCUAUUGAUAAGUUACAUUAGAAAGAAAUAUAACGAAGAACUAUACUGAUAUUUGAAAAAAAUAUUAAGAUACAAUUUAGUUGGAAACCACGAAAGUCAACAUGAAUAUUUCAUAGGAUACGAGUACAGAAACCCAGCAUCCAAAAACUUUUCGCGUCGAAAAGGCACUAUCAGGACCGGGAGCCAGUUAUUAUAGGAAGUUGGUUCCAUAAAGAGCCAGCACCUCUCCUUCAUGCUGGCAUAGUAACAGGCGGAGUAAUGUAGGCGGAAAACCAGUAACUGACUCACGCCGACCGAACACUGACUAAAGAUGGCGAGACGAAAUCUAGCAACAGGAGGAGUCGUGUAGGCGGUAAAACCAGUAACUGACUCACGCCCCGACAGAACAUUGACUAAAGAUGGCGAGACGAAAUCUGGCAACAGGAGGAGUCAUGUAGGCGGAAAACCAGUAACUGACUCACGCCCCGACAGAACAUUGACUAAAGAUGGCGAGACGAAAUCUGGCAACAGGAGGGGUCGUGUAGGCGAUAAACCAGUAACUAAAAAGCCGACAGACUGGCUUUAGUUGAUGAGAUGAAACCAAGCAAAAGGGAGACAUGUAGGUAGUAAUCCAGUAACUAACUAUACUUCAUAAACUUUAUAACUUUAUAAGCGUAAAUGGAAACGUAGUAUCCGUUAAAAUGUAAAAUAUGAUUUAAUUUUUUUGCUGUCGUUAGACAAUUGCAGCUGAAAUCCGUAGCAUUUUAACACAGGAAUGUUAACGUACAGUACUGUAGUUCACUUCGGUCACAAGGAAGAUACAUGUAUGUUUGGUGUUUUCUCCGGUGUAAAUGGGUGUAAGUUUUCAAGUAUUUAAGUUUGCUAUCAAUACUUGAUGAAUCAAUUAUUUGGCCAUCAUCUAUAGAAGUGAUGCUCAUGCAAAAAUAUUUUCUCGUUUGAGCAGUGAUCCUUCCUGAUAUGUUUUUUUGUAUAUCAUCUUUAUGGUAAAAUCCUUUAACAAAGAUUUCCUUAUCAAUAAACGACUGCUCCAUUUAUUCAUUAUUCAAAAGGAAAUAAUCAAACCAUUUAAAAAAAUAAUCACGGGGAUUAGAUCUAGGUAAAAACACAGUACCAUCACAGCAAUACUCAAUGUCUCUGUAAGGAUUUUGUGUGACCGAACUAUCGUACACGUGAUCAAACUAGCCAAUAGAAUGACCAAUACAACAGAACGGACCUAGAUCAAACAGUGGCCAGUAUACAACGUCAGCAUACUUAUUGUAUGACCAGGUUAUUGUGCUGGAAACAUGUUUAAAAUGCUAUCUUCAGGCAGCGUUACUUAGUAUUAGGCAGGUAUAUAUUAUAUAUCCAAACUAAAUAGUAAUGUUUUCAAGGUAGAAUAAAAGUAGUUUGCAUUCCA